UUUCACUCGCCAUCUUGUACCCUGUUUGUUGUUUACUUAAAAUAUAAUGACAGCAUUCAAGGCUUCCUUCGCGGCACCCGAGGCCUCGUCGUCUUGGUUCGAUCGUGCCUGAUAUUUGUCUGGGUUAUAGACUACUUAUACCUUGCGCUGUAAAAUCAAUAGCGUUUCUAGGUCAAGAUGUCGAAGAGAGCUCUGGAGGAAGCGGGCUCAAGCUCAGCGCCUCCAACCAAGAAUUUGAAGGUGCAGUUUGAGCCCAUCCAGUUGGGUGCAAUUUCUACGCUUGACGAGAUGGAUAUGAAGACAUUGCGUUUCCAGAAUCAUAAACUUUAUCAGCGUUUAGAGCAGAGAAAAAGAAUUGAGGAUGAUCUGAGGUCAAGGAUAGAGCAGCUUGAAAAGCGUCAAACACAGAGUGAUGAUGUCUUGACUGUUAUAAACCGUUAUUGGAAUCAGUUUAAUGAAGACAUAAGGUUGAUGUUGCAGCGUUUUGAUGCUGAAACUUCUGAUGAAUCUGAAACAAAGAAUGAAAGUGAGGCCACUACAUCAUUCUUGACACAGUUAUCAACAUGGGAUCGAGAGGAGCUGGAUGAAAAACUUGUGAACAGGGUCCAAGUAUCUAAACGUGCUGUUGCAAAGAUCGUGCAGGCAUUUGAUCGCCUACACCAACGUAAUGAAAAGGUUGCCCGUGCUUUAAAAGGUGAAGGGUUAGAAGGAGAAGUUCCUCCAUCUUUGGAGGAAGGGGUUCGAGAGCUCAAUGCUGAGCUUCAGCAAGAAAACAAAAAUCUUCAUGCCCAAAACCUCUCUUUUCAUGAAAAACAUCAUCUCAUGUCCCUAAAGGUUGCUGAACUAGAGGAAAAAUUACAAGCCAUGGACACUGAGAAGGCUGAAAUGCAAAAUCGUAUUGAGGACAUGGAAUAUGAUUUGAACAGGACACGCUCUCGUUGUGAAAAGGUUGAGACUCACCUAGCUGAGACAUGCCAAAAGCUGAAGGCAAUUCAAGAUGAGGGCUGUAUGGCAGCUGGUGGUGGAGGAAAAGGUGUUGGAAAUGGUGUCCCCACAGCAGCCGGAAAAAUCAGUCAGGCUGGAAUGGCCAAGAAGUGCACCAGUUCCUCACUGGACGAGUGGUUUUCGCGCUCGGCUGCCAAUCCGGUGGUCCGAAGUUCGAAUCCCGGCUCGGCCAACGCAGAAUCAGAGAUCGAAGAAUUAACAAGUGAGUUGGAGGAACAGCGGGAGUUAAGUGCCAAACGCUUGGAUGAACUUGAAAAGAAGACCAAUGAACACAAAGAAGCUCUGAAGGAAGUUGAACGACUUAAAAUGGAUUUGAGACAACUGCCAGAAAGUAUUAUAGUUGAAACAACAGAGUAUAAAUGUCUUCAGUCACAGUUUUCUGUUCUAUAUAAUGAAUCAAUGCAACUGAAGACUCAGCUGGAAGAAACUCGACACCAGUUACAAAACAGCAAGAAUGCUCAUCUGCGGCAGAUUGAACAAAUGGAGAGUGAGGAGUUAACUUCACAAAAGAAGUUACGAACUGAAGUCAUACAGUUAGAAGAUAUGCAAGCUCAGGUUCGAAAGGAGUAUGAAAUGCUUAGAAUUGAAUUUGAACAGAACUUGGCAGCCAAUGAACAGACUGGGCCUAUCAACCGAGAAAUGCGACACCUUAUCACUUCAUUGCAAAAUCACAUCUCACAACUCAAGGGAGAAAUUCAUCGAUAUAAAAGGAAAUACAAGGAGUCUGCUUCAGAAGUAAACAAGUUAAAAAGAGAAAUUGAAGAGCUCCACCAAAAACUUGCUGUCAGGCAGCGAAGCGCCAGCGUCAGUGAGAGACAAGAUAGUGUUAGUAGUGACCGUGGUGAUGGAAUGAAAGAGCAGGCAGUGAAAGAAGAAGGCAGUGAAUCAUGUGAUUCAUCUGGUCCAGCUACGGCUAUUAAUCAACAAACUUGGACACCAUCAGGAGGAGGGGGAGGAAGCAGUGCUGGUGGCCCAAGUGGAGAAGAUAAACCUGAGGGAUUGGAUGUUAAGAAAGAGGAGGCUGAAGAAGAGACCAAGGAAAAUGAUGAAAGUGAUAAAAAGGAUGAAAAGAUUAAAAAGGAAGCAAAGAAAGAAGGUAAAGAAAGUAAAGAUACAAAUAUAAGCAAGCAAGCCAGCAAUGCUCCCCCUGCAAAAGAUUCCAGAGAGAGUGAAAUUAUUCGGAACCUGAAAUCAGAACACAAAAAGGCAGUCAAUGAAUAUCGUGAAUUGAAACUGCUGCUAGAUAUGUACAAGGGUGUUGGAAAGGAGCAGCGAGAUAAAGUACAGCUCAUGGCAGCAGAAAAGAAAGCAAGGCAGGAAGUAGAGGAACUUAAAGCCCAGGUAAAAAAACUUCAAGAAAGCAAACGAGAAGAGCGGAAGAAACUUGCAGAUGAAGAGGCAAUUCGUAAGAUUAAACAGCUUGAUGAAUCUGUUCACCAGUUGCAGAGACAAGUGGCAGCUCAGAAACAGGAGGAAGAAACCCUGCUGAAUGAAAUGGAAGUUACUGGACAAGCAUUUGAAGAUAUGCAGGAGCAAAAUAUUCGACUCAUUCAGCAGUUGAGAGAGAAGGAUGAUGCUAAUUUCAAGCUUAUGUCAGAGCGUAUUAAAUCAAACCAAAUUCAUCAGUUAGCCAAUGAAGAAAGAAAUGUUUUACAGGAACAGACAAAUACUUUAGCUACUCAAGUUGAAGCACAAAAUCAGGUUGUCCGUAAAUUAGAAGAGAAAGAAAGACUACUUCAGAACAGCUUAGCAACCGUUGAAAAAGAGUUGACUCUUCGUCAACAAGCUUUAGAAAUGCAUAAAAGGAAAGCAAUAGAGUCUGCUCAGUCAGCAGCAGAUCUCAAACUGCAUUUAGAAAAGUAUCAUGCUCAGAUGAAGGAAGCUCAACAAGUUGUGGCUGAAAAAACCAUGGCCUUAGAACAAGAAGCAUUCAAGUACAGGAGGAUACAGGAGGAGGUUGCAAGCCUGCGACGCAAGGUAGAGAGAGCAAAGAAGUUUGAAAUGGUGGAUAGAGCCGAUGAAGUUCUCAUGGAAGAAAUUAGGGAUUAUAAGGACACCCUUACUUGUCCGUCAUGUAAAGUCAAAAGGAAGGAUGCUGUACUGGUCAAGUGCUUUCAUGUUUUCUGUUUUGAUUGCUUACGCACUCGAUAUGAAACAAGACAAAGAAAGUGCCCUAAGUGUAAUGCAGCCUUUGGUGCAAACGACUAUCAUCGUUUGUAUUUAACAUAAUUUAUGUGGUAGGUGACCAAACAUCCCUAUUUGCACUAUAUUCUCAAGGUUAAAAUUAUCAGCUGUGAUUAUUGUGACAUCUUUCUAUAAAUCUUGUCAUACUGGAAAUGUGAACUUAAAAUAUUUUAACUGAAAAUUUUGUAGUAGAGCAGGUGAAUCCGAGUUCUGAGUUUUAUUCACGGGAAAAAUUAAUUUUGCUAUGGUGUACAUAGUUCUAAAAGGUUUUCAAAGUGAAUAAGCUGUUGGUAACUGCAGUGUUUUAGUUUAAGUAUUCCUGGAUGUCAGCACUUAAUUGAUAUUUAGUCUGGUAUGGAAAUAAGUUACAAAAUACUGAAAAUCACUAAUGCAUAGUAAAUCAUGAGAACUUUCAAUGCACAGUAUGAAUGGUAUGUGCACUGCUGCAUUAUACCUGGCGUUUUUCCUUUACAGACCACACAACUUCCAGCAGUUUGUGUUUUGUUGUCCUACAAAAUUUUAGCUCAUUGUGUGUUGUCCUACAAAAUCUUAGCUUAUUGUGUAGUAGCUACAUUUAUAAAAGUAAAAUCAGGAACAUGAGUAUUCUGUACCUGCCCAUUUCUUAUUUAAGAGCUACAUUAUAAAUUUAAUUCAAGAGCUAUUUUUUACUUCUUAAAUAGUGCCAACCCAUGAGGACUCUUAUCUUUUGGGAUGACUGUGUUACUGAGGCAUUCAGGCUAUUCUAAUUUCAUGUUGAAGGCAUAAGACUGCAGGGCUCUGAUGAAACAUGAAUUUUGAGUUCACCUAAAUUAUCUGUGAUCUAGUAUGUGUAUAAUGUGUUUUGGAAGCAGUAAAAUACUCUUUCAGUUACAAAUUUACUAGAUUGAUUGUACUCUCAAUCUUGGUAACAGUAGGAGUCAAUUUAAGAUCAGGGUACUUCAUUUCCACAUUGAUAGAAAAGGUAAGUUCAUAAAAUAAAAUUUAAAAAUAUUUUCAGAUCAAUAGAAGCAGUGGAGCUGUUGUUACAGCAUUUUGUUAAGAGUUUGACAUGUUUUACGCGAAUGAAAAGUUCUACUAAAAUUUUUAGUUUAAUGGAUUAAACUUCACAGUUCAAAGAAUUUCUGCUGAUAUGUAUACUUGUACUAUAAGAUUGUUUUCAACAGGUUUAUAAUUAACCAAAAAUAGAUUGUUUUCAACAGGUUUAUAAUUAACCAAAAAUAGAUUAUGAUUUUUUUAUUACAUAUACAAUGUGGAAAUUUUCAGGUCUUAAAACACAGAAACCACUUCUCAUAUCUUAGUUGUAAUAAGCAGUAUUAGAGUAGUAAUUUUAGCUGAACUGAAAGGUUUCUUUCUCUGCUUGGUAUACUCUGUUAAUUUAUAAGGAUAAUUAUUCUGUUAUUACGUACAAAGUUUCAGUUAAUUUUUGCCAGAGGCAACAGCUGUCAUUUUGGUUUAUCAUUCCAUAACAUUGGGUUAUUUCGAAUAGUUGAUAGCAAAUUGUAAAAUAGUAAUUGCUAGCAUCAGUGGUGCUACAUCCCAUAUGUAGUAGCAGUUUUAGAUUGUUUUAUAAUGCAGUGAUGUAAUGUUUUAUGGUUACUAUAAAAGUAGUUAUUUGUAAGUGAUUUAAUUUUUUCUACUUAGAUGAUACUGAUGUAUAUAGGAGUUCCAGUUGUUUAAUAUGAAGACUAAGCUAUUGUUAGUUUUCUAACAAAAACUUGAGUAUUUAGAUUAAAAAAAAAAGAUUAAUUUCUUUGUUGUAAAGAUUUUACCACUCCCACAUGCAGCAUUUUGUUCGAUUAAAAAACAUUAGAUUGUUAAAUAGAACUUUAUGCCCUGGGACCAUUAUAGCAUGUGAAAAGACAAAAAGGAUGUUUUAAAGCUGAAAUGUCAGAUUUUUCUAUUUUAAAGAAUUAACAAUAUAAACUUAUACCUUAUUUCACUGUUAAAUUGUGAAACAAAGAUGAUGAUAGACUUGAUUGUUUGAUUGGUUAGGACUUUUUUUGGUACAACUACCACUAUCUGGGUCACUGACAUAAGUUAUGAAUUAAAAAUUGUUACAUUAUGCAAGGAUAAAAAUAUAUAGUAAAUCAUUAGAAAACCAUAAGCAAAUUUGAACUGGUUUGGGAAAAGUAACAUUUCUUUACAACUUUGUAAGUAGUAGUUUCUUUAUAGUGAUAGAGAAGUUAAUUGUUCAAAGUAUAGAUGAACUUUGGGAAUAAGGUACUGUAGUUUGAAUAACUUUUUUAUUGUAAUUAAUAUUAAAAUCAGUUAGUUAACUGAAAUCCAAAUUGUAUCUGUUUUGUUUGCAGUUUUCAACCAUUAGCAGGACUGUGCCUCUUUCAAAUACGACCAUUAUUUUCAAUAGAAAUACAUCGUUUAACUUUCAUUCUGUUGUACCUGUCUUUCAGCAUUUGUUUUUCUUAUUCAAUUACAGGUAAUUUUUCCAACUUGUCAUGAACUCCAUUGUGUGGUUAUGUAUGUAAUAUAAUGUUGCUGUUAAUAAAACAGUAAAUACUAAUAUGUAAAUAUGAGGAAAAUAAACAAGUUAUAUUGUAAUACCUUAUUGAAAAUAAACACUGAUGUAUGAGU